CAUGCUCGCGGUGGCGGGCUCCCUGGCGGCGGUCUGGACCCUGCUGCCUCCCUGCGCGCUCCUGCUGGGCGCCGUGGCCUUCCUCUUCUGUGCUCGCGUCCUCCAAAGGCGGCGCCCCAAGAACUACCCGCCCGGGCCCCCGCGCCUGCCCUUCGUCGGCAACUUGUUCCAUCUGGACUUUGAGCGGGCGCACCUGGCGCUUCAGCGGCUUGUGAAGAAAUAUGGGAACAUUUUUAGCCUGGACUUCGGUGAUGUGCCUUCAGUUGUUAUAACUGGAUUGCCCUUAAUUAAGGAAGCCCUUGUCCACCAGGACCCAAACUUCGUGAACCGCCCUGUAAUCCCUCUCCGAGAACGUGUCUUUAAGCAAAAUGGACUGAUCAUGUCCAACGGCCAGGUAUGGAAGGAGCAAAGAAGGUUUGCCCUGACAACGCUGAGGAACUUUGGUUUGGGAAAGAAGAACUUGGAGGAACGCAUUCAGGAGGAGGCCCACCACCUCAUCCAGGCAAUAGAGGAGGAGAAUGGACAGCCUUUUAACCCUCACUUCAAGAUCAACAAUGCAGUUUCCAAUAUUAUUUGCUCCAUCACCUUUGGAGAGCGCUUUGAGUACGAGGAUGGUCAGUUUCGAGAACUCCUGAGGAUGCUGGAUGAGGUCACCCAUCUGGAGGCAUCACUGUGGUGCCAACUCUACAAUGCCUUUCCACGGAUAAUGAACUUCCUUCCUGGCCCCCACCAAAGACUCUUUAGCAACUGGGAGAAACUGAAAUUGUUUGUUGCUCGUGUAAUUGAAAACCACAAAAGAGACUGGAACCCUGCCGAAACAAGAGACUUUAUUGAUGCUUACCUCAAGGAAAUGGAAAAGUAUAAGGGCGAUGUCACUUCAAGUUUCCAUGAAGAAAACCUCAUCUACAGUACCCUGGACCUCUUCUUUGCUGGAACCGAGACGACUUCGACAACACUGCGCUGGGGUCUGCUCUACUUGGCCCUCUACCCAGAAGUCCAAGAAAAAGUACACGCUGAAAUCAACAGCGUGAUAGGCCCGGGGCAGCAGCCGAGCACAGCGGCUCGCACAUCCAUGCCCUACACCAAUGCCGUCAUCCACGAGGUGCAGAGGAUGGGGAACAUCAUCCCCCUGAACGUGCCCAGGGAGGUGGUGGUCGACACCAGCCUGGCCGGGUACCACCUGCCCAAGGGGACCAUGAUCCUGACCAAUCUCACUGCGCUGCACCGGGACCCUGCAGAGUGGGCCACUCCAAACACCUUCAAUCCGGAGCACUUCCUGGAGAAUGGACAGUUUAAGAAAAGGGAAACCUUUCUGCCUUUCUCAGCAGGAAAGCGCAUGUGCCUUGGAGAGCAGUUGGCCAAGUCUGAGUUGUUCAUUUUCUUUACGUCCCUUCUGCAAAGAUUUGCCUUCAGGCCCCCAAGCAAUGAGCAGCUGAGCCUGAGGUUUAGAAUGGGCCUCACCAUCGCCCCCGCCGGCCACCGCAUCUGUGCUGUUCCUCGGCAGGAAGGUGUUGCAGCCAGAGGAGAAAGUGAGCAAGAGGAGUCCUCUGAGGGCUCUGGCCCCUUCUCAGAAGUGAGGGAGCAGGAUGAAGGCGGCUCCGAGGAAAGAUCAUAGGAAGCGAGCUCAGAGGAAACAGGAUCCAAAUAGCCGCUUUGCGGUCUCCUCCAGUGUAGCCUGGAGCAAAUCAUUUGUGUUGUGAAUGAGAUGCACAGAGAAUAAUAAUUCCUUCUCUGAAGGAAGAAUUGCCCUAAGAAUCAGAGGAAACAAUGGACUUUAAGUGAUUUGAAAGCAUAAAGCACAUCAUAAAAGUGA